UUCUCUCUCUCUCUCUUUUUAUUUUUUUCUUCUCUGGAAAAGAGAUUAGAAAGAAAGGGAGAAAGAAAAGUUUUUAUUUUAUUUUUGGUGAUAAUCCCAAAAGAAAGGAAAGAAAAUUCAGAGUUCCUCUCUGCUGUGAAGUGAGAGAGAGCAAAGAAAGAAUGACUGUACCUUUAUCUUCAAGGCUGUGUUUGCCUCUGACCACUACUACUACUACUUGUCUCUCUUCUUCUUCUUCUUCUUCUUGUUCUUCAUCAGACUUUCCUUCCAAAUCCCUGAAAACCCUUCACACUGCAAGCCCCAAUUUCAGUCUCCACUCUCCCUCUUCCCCUUCAUCUUCUUCAUUCCCUCAUUCUCAACACACAUGUACUCGAAAACACAAACGAUCUCUCUCCACACCAACGUGGCUUUGUGGACAUAUGAGAAGAGAUCAAGACAUGGAUAAUUGGAACUAUGAAGAGGAGAAGGUGUUUAGCAAGUUUGGUUCAGAUGAAGAGACUGGCAAUCAAAUUCCAACUCAAGCCCAAACUAUUGUAGAAGGAUCAGGGGCAGUUCUGAUGUCAGAGUUUAAACCUGUUCCAGAUGUAGAUUAUCUACAGGAGCUAUUGGCCAUUCAACAACAAGGGCCAAGAUCUAUUGGUUUUUUUGGGACAAGGAAUAUGGGUUUCAUGCAUCAAGAACUUAUUGAGAUUCUUAGCUAUGCGAUGGUUAUAACUAAAAAUCACAUUUAUACAUCAGGAGCAUCUGGAACUAAUGCAGCUGUCAUCAGAGGUGCUUUAAGAGCUGAGAGGCCAGAGCUGCUUACAGUGAUUUUGCCUCAAAGUUUGAAAAAGCAACCUCCUGAGAGCCAGGAGUUAUUAUCAAAAGUGAAGAAUGUGAUAGAGAAGCCUCACAAUGAUCAUCUACCCCUAUUAGAAGCCAGCAGGUUGUGCAACAUGGAUAUCAUUUCACAUGUACAACAAGUCAUUUGCUUUGCAUUCCAUGACAGUAAGUUGCUUAUGGAAACCUGUCUAGAGGCCAAAAAUAUGCGCAAGAUUGUGACCCUCUUCUACUUGGACUAGAGCAGAUUGCUCACUUCUGUCCAUACAUUGCAGAAAUAUUCUUAUUUUUGUUUGUAAAUUAGGGGUUUAAAUGAGACAUUAUUUUUCUUUGUAGAUUGUAACAGUGAGAAAGGGGGCCAAUUUUCUCCAUUAUUUCUUAUUGUUAAUAGGAAAGAAACUAUUACAGAUGUACCAAUUCAAAUGACUGCUCAUGCAUGUUGCAUGCUUGCAAUAUAUCUGAUUCGUUUAGAUUCGGUGAAA